AUAAAUAUUAUUAAAUAUUUUUAUAGGUUGGGGAGAUGCAAGACCUAUUCCAGUAUUUCCAUGGCAUUCUCUUGUGCCAUUUCUUACUACACAUCCAUCACCACCUAAUAGUGCACCUCCAACAAUCAGUUCUAUUCCAGAGCAAAUACCUCCACCACAGCCAGAAGCUAUGGGGGAAGAAUUAGAUGCUGAGGAUGGUGAUGAUGAUGAUGUGUUUGAAGCAUCAGCAGAUACAGUGCCACUCUUAACAGCGCAGUCAAAGAGAAGAGCACAGUCACUUGGAGCAAUGCCAAAAGAAGAACCAAAGAGUCCCAAAAAGGCAAAAGAAAAAGAUCACAUUCGCCGUCCAAUGAAUGCAUUCAUGAUAUUCAGCAAGCGUCACAGAGCUUUGGUUCAUCAGCGACACCCGAAUCAAGAUAAUAGGACAGUCAGCAAAAUAUUAGGAGAAUGGUGGUAUUCUUUAAAUCCUGUAGAAAAACAAAAAUAUCACCAGUUAGCAUUUCAGGUAGAA